AUUUUCAGUCCAAUUAACCUAUUUUUUUUUAUUAGGUGAAAAGUUUUAGAUUUUAGGUUAAUAUUAGCUGAAUUACAUUAUUAUUUUGAAUAUUUAUUUGAUAAAAUGCGGCCAGUGUUCGCCCUAUUGUUGGUUGGCCUCCUGUGCGCCUGUCAACUGAACAAUGCAAACGUUAACCCGGAGUCCGAAGAUGAUAUUGACAAUGAUUUUGCGGAGUUCGACGAUGACUUUGUGGAAUCCAGCUACGACACGGCAACCGCCGAGAAUGCCGACUCAUCGAAUGGUGCGGGUGGAGUGGGUGGAGCGGGUGGUGCUGCUGGUGGGGCUAGCAAGGAGAAAGUAGAUGCAACUAAGCGCACAGUCGACAACGACGAUGAUGACGACGGUCUUGUGGAGAAUGACGAUGAGUUUGAGCAUUUCCAGGAUGAGGAAGAGUUUGAGGGCUACGACGCCGGCGACACCAUGGAACCGCCCAUCGAUCAGAAGACAGAGCCCAAGCUAAAGAUUCCGAAUAUACCAUUGCAUUUCCGCACCCACUGGGAUUCCUAUUGGAUGGAAAUGCUCAUGGUAGCCGGUCUCUUGGCCUACUUUGCCAACUUCUUUGCGGGCAAGGCGAAGAAUGCGCGUCUGGCGCAGCUUUGGUUCAGCACCCACAAGGCUCUGCUGGAUGAGAACUUUGCGCUUGUCGGAGACGAUGGCAAGGUGGAGAACGAGAAUCCAGGGCUAAUCAAAGAGAGCGAAAGUCUGUACACGCUUUGGUGCUCGGGUCGCACCUGCUGUGAGGGCAUGUUGGUGGAGCUGAAGAUGAUCAAGCGUCAGGAUUUAGUUUCCCUAGUUGCGGGAUUGAUGCGACCACAGUUGGAUCAAGCGCACAUCAAAAUCGAAUUGUCACGUGGCUUGAUGGAUUCAUUCGUAUUUGCAGUGGGCAGUAAAAAGACGAUUACCAAGGUAUUCAAGGAAUACACUGAUUUGACUAAGUUCUGUAGUUUAGUUGCCAAACCGGAGGAACGCUAUAAUGUGCCCAGCGGCUUUGGCGUGCUUUCGGAAAUUCCGGAAGCCACAUCCGCCAUACUCGAGUCACGUGUUAUAACCGCACUUAACAAAUACCAAAGCUAUAUCGAUUACCUGCACAUCUCGGAUCAGUUCAGCGGGCCAGUGCAGCAGGAGGAAGGCACACCGCUGAAACAGCCGGAGACAAAGGCUGUGUUAUAUGCCGGCUUCAAUUUACCCAAGCAUGCCGAAAUGGAAACUAUUAAACCCCUGUUAUUGUUGAUCUUUUAUCUAAUGGAACGCUUGAAGACUUAUCGCAUGUCCAAGGAGGCCAAAACCAAGGCAGAUAAGAAUCGUUUGCGUGUUGAGGAAGAGUUCCUCAAGAGUACACAUGCCGCGCGUGCCGAGGCAGCUGCUCAGCGUCGAGAGGAUAAGCGCAAGCAGGAAAAGGAGCGCGUUCUCGCCGAGGAGGAUCCGGAGAAGCAACGCCGUUGGGAACUCAAGGAACAGAAGCGUCAGGCUAAAAAGAAUGCACCCAAAAUGAAGCGUCUGGCGGUUAAAUCUCUGUAGAUUCAUUAAAGCCUCUGUGCCAUUUGUUUGCGCUCAUCCUUAAAACCAUUUGUCGGUUUAAUGCCACGUUUAAGCAAUAAAGUAUUUGUAUCCUAUUGAGCGCCAAAAA